AUGUCUUCUGCAUUCCUUUUCCAUCGCUCUCUGAGGCUGACUGAUAACUUGGGACUACUGGAGGCCCUCAAUCAAUCACAAUCUGUUCUGCCCAUUUUCUGUGUGGACCCUAGACAAGCAUCCUCCAGGGGUAACAAGUUCUUCUCUCCUUUCUCCCUUUCGUUUAUGCUGCAGUCACUCACUGAUCUACAAGAAGAGCUAAGGAAACAUGGUUCUGAGCUGCUGCUAUUAGAGGGUGAGCCUCAUCGUGUUCUGCCUCCUCUCCUGGUCGAAGCCGGAGUCACAACGCUGUAUAUGAACAAUGAUUAUACGCCAUUUGCUCGAAAACGAAAAGUAGAAAUUGAGAAAGCGCUUCGAGGAGAUGUAUGUGUUGUUGAGGUUGACGACUAUUUAUUGUUUCCUCCUGGAUCAAUUUCCACAUGUAGUGGAACUGCAUAUCGAGUGUUUACUCCUUUUCUGAAUGCUUCCAAACGGGAGAAUGUUGACAAAUCCAAAUCUCUUGAAAAUGCUGAAAGGCUCAUGAAAAAAACACAGUUCAAAUCGUCGCUCUCAGAAAUUGGAUGGGAUUGUCUUCAACAAAAUUCGAAGCUAUCUCCGUGUGGGCUUAGAGGUGGCCGCUCUGAGGGUGUUAGAAUACUAUCUGAAGUCCAGAAAACCCAGAGAUACUAUUCCGAGCGCAGAGAUUACCUCAGUUACACCACCAGCCAGCUCUCCCCCUACAUCAAGUUUGGUUGCAUUUCAAUUCGUGAGGCUUGGGAAGGACUAGGCAAGGCACCCAACACUGCAUCAAUGGCACUACGAAGACAGCUAAUGUGGAGAGAGUUUUACUAUCAUUACUACAUUGCGUAUCCUGCCGAGCUCGAAUGGGAGAAGAAAGUUGAAGAAACAAAGCUGAGUGAUGGGGCACCUGAUAUUGUGAAAGCUUGCCUCCAGGAGCUAGAUAUCACGGGUUGUUUGCACAACCGUGGGCGAAUGAUUGUGGCUAACUACCUACUCCACAAUCAAGGGGAAUACUGGAAAGCAGGAGAUGUGACAUUUGCUACUCGUUUGAUCGAUUAUGACCCAUUUGUGAACAUUGGGAAUUGGCGGUGGAUUGAUAAACAGCCCAAGUUUCGGUGGUUGAAACCAGAUGUGCAGUACCAGCGUUGGGACAAAGACUACCCCAAGAGUGAAGAAAUGAAAGGGAAAGGAAGUUACACGAAGUUCUGGUUGCAACCAAGGGUGAAGAUUGAGCAAGAGCUCACCUCUUAACUCAUUAUUUCUGUUAUCUAUCGCUCAUCAUGCUUUUCAUGUUCAUUAUAAUUUUUUGCUAUAUAUCUUAUUCUUACUAUCUAUCUCUUGGUUUACAUGAACGUUCAUAUUGAUAUUGAGUGUUCAUUUCUUGUUUAUUUAUCAUCCAUUUUACAUGCUGUUGAUAUUCAAUGCUGCUGAUAUUCAUGUUUACUUCA